AUGCAUUUCACUUCUUCGGUUGGAGACAGAGGAGACAAGUCGGCGCCAUUUUCUCCCUCCCAUGCAGUACUACACGGUAAGUGCAAUUAACUGAAACUUACUGAAACAAUUAUAAAUUGAUGCUGAGAAUUUCAAUAUGAACAAUGAAACAUCUACAGAGAAUAUAUGCCUAACAAAACCGUGUUUGUUGCCAGGACCGAGUAGCACAUUUGUCCUGGUGAUUAGCUAGCUAGAAGUGUAUGGUAAGAUAGCUAACAGUUUGUUACUUAAACCGUCUCCAACUUUAUCAAUGAUGAUUUAAUAAAGGAAAAACAAAGCGUUAUGGUUUUUUACUGUAUAAAAUCUUGUUUGAGACUGGAGCUAACGUCUUUUUUCCCCCCUUCACUUUGAACAUCAAAGGGGCCGCAAAAAACAUGUCCCAACAUGCAGACGGUGUUUCACGUGUUUAGUUGUCUGUGUGACCAGCGUACCACUGUAUUUGGUGACCCAUCAGAUUCUAUGACCUGCAGUGUUUGAAAAAGUACUCAGAUCAUUUACUUAAGUAAAAGUAUAUAAGUAUUACCAGUUAAUUGUACUGAAAUUACUAAGUUAAAGCUAAAGUACAAAAUUAGCAGAAAAUCGGGCUGUGACUGAUAUAUUAAACAUUUAUUAAACAUUUAAGUGCAUCAUUAAAUACUGAUGAGUGAAUGCAUAAGCAGCAUUUUAAUAUCUCAGUCACAGCGUGAUUUUCUGAAAAUUAGUACUUUUUCCAACAGUGCAGGUCACAGAAUCUGAUGGGGUCACCAAAAAUGGUGUAACACUGUCGACUUAGCUUUAAUAUUUACUGUUCUUCCUUUAAAUGUUUAUUUACUUUGUCAAACUUCCUUGCAUGUCUCAGUCAAAAUGCUGGUCCAGGUGAAGUACAGCCAACAGCAGAAAUUUGUGAAGCUGGAUGAGGAUGAAGGACGGUUUGACUUAAUGCAAUUCCAUGAAAACGGUUAGCAUGUGUGGGAAAUUAUUCUCUUAUAUUUUAGAUGUGCUGUUGGCUUAAUAAGAAAGCAUUAAUGAUUAAACAUAAUAGGUUUGUGCUGUACUGAUAUAAAUUGUUUAACAUAACAAGCUGUGAUUCAUGUGAGGAGCUGUUAGGGAGUAGGGGGAGAUAAGAACUUGUGUCUCACAUACACGAACACUGCCUCUUUGUUAAACCGCGCUCAAGGACGUGUACUGCAAAAAGUGCCGACUCUCUGGACAAGUUGUGAUGAUAACAACUUAUGCCUUGCAACAGUGUGCUACAGUGAAGCGCCAAGGGGCUGGGACCAGCCUGUGCGCCAACGAUAGGCUGAGUAAGUCUAAACCACACUCAGCCUCUACCCUGAUAGGCCCAGCAAGGAGCGGGAACUAUCACUGUCAGGGUAUUUAAAGAAGAGCCUGUAACAAUGGAUCAGUUCUCUGUCUGCCCUGCGUGGUAUUUCAGUGAGCCCGUAUACGAACCUUCAUACUUAUCAUAUAUACAUUUGCAUAUAAUACAUUUAGUUUGAAUUGAAUACCUCUUGAUCAUGUUUUCUCUUAUUCCAAUACCAGAUUUGAACUAACGCUAUUUCUAACAAUUGGUGACCUCCGACUGUGAUCUGGUAGCGUAACUUCGCUGAAAUUCAUCCGGCCCAUUGGACAUCGCUGUCGUCAGACAGUUUGUUUCACAAAGUGCCCGGGCUUCUAAAAACAGGUAAGCAGACACCUAUUGUUAUGUAACUAAAGUUCUGCACAUUGGCUUUAUCCAAAUUAAUUUUGUGAAGCACCUGUUUGAUGUAAGUAAACCCUAUUAUACCAACAUAACGUGUACAUUAUACAACUUAAAUUUCAUAAUAUACUAUGCAAAUGUUUGAUAAUUGUGAUGGUUAAACCCAUGGGAAUUGUAGGAUUAGACAGUGCGACUGUCACAAUCGUCGAAAGGAUUGGACCAAUGCGCAGCGUGGAAUGCGAACAUAUUUAAUUAUUAUAUUCACCACACGAACGAAACAACAAAACGAUACGUGAAGUCCUUGGUAACAAAACACAAACCAUACACAGAACAAGAUCCCACAUUACACUGUGCCAAAUAGGCUGCCUAAGUAUGGUUCCUAAUCAGAGACAACAAGCAACAGCUGAUUCUCGUUGCCUCUGAUUGAGAACCACCCCGGCCAACAUAGAUACACAUGAACUAGAUCCUAACAUAGAAACACAAACACAUAGAAUCUACACACCCUUGCUCAACAUAUAAGAGUCCCAGAGCCAGGGCGUGACAGUACCCCCCCCCAAAGGCGCGGACUGCGACCACGCCAAACAUAAACCGAACAGGGGAGGCGGAUCCGGCUCCGGGCGUGACCACCACCCUCAAAUAACCCCCCCGUAGUGCCCCUGGUCUGGUCUGGCCCCGCUGGCUGGAGCUGCACUGGACAUCGGUGGAGCGGAUUGCUUAGGCUCCGGUGUGGAGCAGCUGACCGGUACCUGACCAGGCACCGGUGAACCGGGCAUGGGCUGUGCCGGACUGACGACGCGCACCCCUGGCUUGGUGCGGGGGAGCAGGAAUGGGCAGGACCUGGCUAACGAUGCGCACCACAGGCUUGGUGCGGGGAGCAGGAAUGGGCCGGACCGGGCUGACGACGCGCACCUCUGGCUUGGUGCGGGGAGCAGGAACGGGCCGGGCCGGGCUGGCGACGCGCACCAUAGGCUUGGUGCGGGGAGCAGGAACAGGCCGGGCCGGGCUGGCGACGCGCACCAUUGGCUUGGUGCGGGGAGCAGGAACAGGCCGGGCCGGGCUGGCGACGCGCACCAUAGGCUUGGUGCGAGGGGCAGGAACAGGCCGGACCGGGCUGGCGAUGCGCAUCACAGGCUUGGUGCGAGGGACAGGAACAGGCCGGACCGCACUGGGAACACACACCACUGGCCUUAUACGGGGAUCAGGAACGGGCCGGACCGGACUGGCAACACACUUCUCGCCGUGCCUCUACACUUUCCCUCCCUCUAAUCACCAAUGGCUCCCGUAACCCGGUGGCCUUCUCUCCUCGCCCACAAACUCGCCCCUUAUCUGCCUCCAGCAGCCCCGUCGUCCAUGCCAUGUACCCCCCCUAAAAAUGUAUUGGGGUUGCCUCUCGCCUGUCCGACGACGACACUGUUGGCGCCGUACCUCCUCUCUCGCCAAGGCUUUAACCUUUGCCCAUGGUCCUUUGCCCUCGAACAUGUCCUCCCAAGACCACCAUUGGCCCACCUGGGCCAUCGCCAACCUCUCCUUCUCCUUACCCGGCGUUUGCUCUGAAACACGCUGCUUGGUCCAGUUUUGGUGGAUCUUCUGUCAUUAUCGUCGAAAGGAUUGGACCAAUGCGCAGCGUGGAAUGCGAACAUACUUUAUUAUUAUAUUCACCACACGAACAAAACAAUGCGUGAAGUCCUUGGUAACAAAACACAAACCAUACACGGAACAAGAUCCCACAUUACACUGUGCCAAAUAGGCUGCCUAAGUAUGGUUCCCAAUCAGAGACAACAAGCAACAGCUGAUUCUCGUUGCCUCUGAUUAAGAACCACCCCGGCCAACAUAGAUACACAUGAACUAGAUCCUAACAUAGAAACACAAACACAUAGAAUCUACACACCCUGGCUCAACAUAUAAGAGUCCCAGAGCCAGGGCGUGACAGCGACACUAUGACUGAGGUUCAUAGGAGGUAUUUUAAAUAGUUAGACAGUGCGACGCUAUGACUGAGGCUCAUAGGAGGUACUUUAAAUAGUUAGACAGUGCGACGCUAUGACUGAGGCUCAUAGGAGGUACUUUAAAUAGUUAGACAGUGCGAAGCUAUGACUGAGGCUCAUAGGAGGUACUUUAAAUAGAUAGGCAGUGCGACGAUAUGGCACAUAUCAGUUCAGACUAGAUAUGACUAGGUUCAUAGGAGGCACUUAAAAUUAUUUAAGAAAGGGGUGACGCUAUUGACACAUAUCAGCAAAGGCUAGGUACGGCUAGGAUCAGAGGGACACUUUAGAAUAUAGAGUGUAUGCAUGAGAGUGUGAAUGAUCCCAGUGUAAUAAAAGAGUGUUUGCAGACGAAAUAAAAGAGGGAAUGCGGGUUACAAAAAUUAAUAAACCUGUAUACCUUGAUAGAAAACUAAUUAGGAAUUAAAGACGUCUGUGGCUGUCCAAACUGUUGGGUUUGUGGUUGCUUAAACCAUAUAACUCAUUAAUAACAAUUGGGAACAUAAAGGUAAAAUAAUGAAUAACUAAACUGAAAAGUUUGAAAUGAUAAAAUUGAACUGUAAUGUUUGAUGUUUGACAUAGCAUAAUACUGGUUUUAAAUAAUUAUGUUGAAGCAAUUUGGUUUAUUAUUUGAUUUAAUGUUUGAUGUUCGACAUAGCAUAAUACUGGUUUUAAAUAAUUAAGUUGAAGCUAUUUGGUUUAUUAUUUAAUUUAACGGUUGAUGUUUGACCCUGCAAAAUACUGGUUAAAUAAUUAGACUGAAAUAAUUUGGUUUAUCGUUGAAAUAUAAAGUAGAGAAUAUUUACAUUUGCGGUCAUUUAGCAGACGCUCUUGUCCAGAGCGACUUGCAGGAGCAAUUGGGGUUGGGUGCCUUGCUCGAGGGCACAUCGGCAGAUUUUCGACUGGUCGACUCGGGGAUUGGAACCGGCGACCUCUCGGUUGCUGGCACGGUGCUCUUGGUUACUGGGCUACCUGCCGCCCCAUAUGAGUUUAAGGUUGUGCCGUUGUUUGAUCAUGUGAUGGGGUUUGAUGGGUGAUCGGCCCAUGACUGGUGUGGUUAUGGAAGUAAUGUAUAAACAGUGGAGAGCCAAUAGGGGGCUCCAUUGAACUAUUAUGUUUUGUUGGGCAUUUCGGUGGCAUGAGGUGAAGUCUGUGUGUAUGAGUGAAUUCAACGGCUGGUGUGGGUGGUGACCGGAUGCUACUGAGUAUUUGGUUUGGUGAUGUUGAAUGGACGAUUUGUAGCGUGUUUUGGGGUUAAAUAGAAAGACUCACUUAUUCAAUAGGGAAUGGGUGAAGGGAGAGAGCAUUACUUUGUGUUGCUGAAUGAGGUGAGAGCUAGUGCGGCUUUCAUUUGGUGACGUCACUUGCUCUAUGAACUGGAAGUAGUUGCUUUAAGAGAAUCGCAGAUGGUGUGGAGUGACUGCCGAUGUAUGUAGAGGGUCCCGGGUUCGAACACAUGUAGGGACAGUGGGUAAAGCUUUCGCAUUGGGGCUAUGGACCUAGAUUGCUGCAUGGAUUGAGAGAUGUGGAAGUGUUCUAGAAGGGUCUGAGGAUGUGUUGCAGGGUCCCCGCGCCUUCCCCGUUGUGUAGGAAGGAGCAAGGGGAGGGGUGAGAGAUAGUUCAAAUGAUAGGAAUAUCAUUAAAUGUAUGCUUAUCAACGAUAGCAAGUAUUUGUUUUAUUAAUUAGGGCCUAAUCAGAGAGAACAGUUAAAGAAAUUGAAUAGCGAACUGAAAUGGCGAUAGAGCUGUGAAAAUUAUUUAAGUUGAGGACAAAGGAAAAUAAUUUAUGAUUCUAGUUCCCGGGUAAAAGGGUUGUACUUGCUUGACUAGAUCGAGCAGAAGUUUUAAUAGUUGAAUGAAAAGCAUUUAUUUGAAGUCUAAUGGUUAUUACUUUAUUCGAUAGGUUGCUUGACGGCAGUGGUGUAUGCAAAUAUUUGGUGAAUUCUAGAACGAUAAUUUAUUUUCGUUACGGGGACCAGGGGAUGCAAGUGGCUUUGGCUGUUGUGCUAGAUUUGUUAAAUAAACAAACUUAUAUUUUAAACUAAAGUAAUGCAAUAGGCUACAAUUAUGACAUUAUCACAAAAAGGCACAAUUUGAUGUGAAAUUGUUAUUACAAUUAUUAUUAAUAGUUAUUACAGUUAUUAUCAUUGAUCCAGUAAUUAUAGAAGGAUAGUAGAGGAAAGGCAAGGGAUUACAUCUAAUUUAGGGAAAGAAGAAGAGUAUGAAGAUAUAUUAGGGAGAAAAUACCAUUAACUGAGGGAUAUAAAACAUUUAGCUGAAAAAGAAAACAGGAAUAAUUUACCUUACACCCUAAUAUAGACAUUGCAUUACUUUUGAUGUAACCGUGAUUGUAUUGGCUAAAAAAUGAAAUAUUACAUUUACAGGGGGGACAGAUUUUCCUAGGGGGUUGAUCAAAUAAUUGAUAAUGGAUCAUUUGAGAUGAGAUCACAUGUAGCAGAUUUAGGGUAAUCAAUUAAAUAAUCAUUGUAUACUAUAGGAAUUUUGAGUGGUUUUAUGGAUUAGUUAUGAGGAAUUAGAUUGAUACAAACAAUUAUUGAUGGGUUAGGACUGGGGAUAUCUGUAUCAUGUUUUGUGUGUACUACCAUCUUUAGAUUAUAACCAGGAGAAAGAGAUUAGCUCAUCUCAUUGGAAUGUUGCCCAGGGCUACGGGGAGCAGUAGUGAAGUUAGGCAGUAUUUAGGUCAUAAAAGUGAGCUACCAAAUCAAGUGAGGCCUGGCUAUUUGUGGUUGUUGUUUUUCAAAUUGGGUUUUUCAAACAAAAAACAACACACCUAGUAUGAUGUUUAUAAAGCCUUGUUGUUUCAAUUUUGGGGGGGUUUUCAGCAGGUCAAGGGUGAUAGGUCUUGGAGGAGCACGCACAGUGAAUUUUAUGGAGUUUUCGGUUUUGGCUGAGUUUGGGGUCGUAUAUGAUUUCUUAUGAGAAUGAAUGUCAUGAGGACUUAAUGAACACUUGGGAUAAGUAACAUUUAUGAAAUAUUUAGAAUAAUGGUAAUGUUUAGUAUACUAUGGGAUGGAACAGUUCGUUGAAUAAUUUCAAUUUCCUCUGAACUCUGUUUUAACCUUCUGGUGUUAAUUAAUCAUCCACACUGGUAAAUUCUAAAGGCAUGAGAGGAGGACUUUAAGAUAGUUUAUUUUACUAAGUUGAGGGUAAUUUAUAAUACUGUGAAAAGUGUGAAGAAGAUUAUAAUUUGGUAAUAAUAUAUAUGAUUUGAACCAUUAAAUAACAGAAGAGAGAGAGAGAGAGCUUUCCCUGAAUGAGGGAUACCUGUUGCUAGUCAAUUGUACUUAUCUUGGAUUACUUUUACGGGAUAGAAGUAAAUUGAGGUAUUAUCAAAUGUUGUCAUUUAAAUUUCAUUUUUAGUAUGCUUUAAUAAACAACAAGUUGGUAUUUGAAACUACAUUAAUGCAAUGAGCUGCAGUAAUCAGAGGAAGGCACAAUCUAAUGCGAAACAGCUAUUAUCUAGAUCAUUUAUUUAGUAAUGAGAUCAGGAAGAUAGGAGCAAUAAAGAAGCAAGGGACAGUCUAAAAAAAAUAAAAAAAUAAGGGAUGGCAUUUGGAUGAUAAAUUACCAAUAUUACCUAAGUGAUUGUUUAGGUUGGUGGUAAUAUUGACACAUGGGCAAAUCAUGUGUCAAAAAGGGGAUGGUAGGAUUAAAUAAUAAAUAUAUACGAAGGAGAGGACAAAAUACUUUAAAAAGAAAUCAGAAAUAGACAUUGAGAGCUGAACAUGUGUGAAGAUAGUUUAUUAACCACACCCGUAUGUCAGAGGUUUUGUGCCCCAUCACACGAACCAUCACACUUAUCAUACAUACAUUUUGCAUAUAAUAAAUUACGCUUGGAUUGAAUAUCUUGAUUAUGUUUUCUCUUAUUCCAAUACCAGAUUUGAACUAACGCUAUUUCUAACACUUGGCUUAGGAAAAAGGUUUUAAACCACACCCAUGUUCUUUUAAAAGCUCAUUGUGCAAGCUCCUUAAUGUUGUCGAUUCUGAUUUCUUUACAUGCCUUUAUCAGACUCUUUUAUACGGUAAAUGGGGUUAAAUUGCUAAUCAUUUUCAGUUCUGUAAUGUGUGCUUCAUAGAGUGUAAAGUAUUAAUAUACACCAAAACAGUCAAUAAAAAAAGCCAAUCAUCAAUUUUUUAAUUUGGACUUAAGAGGGAAUGGGUUAUGUGAGGGAAAAUGCUCUAGGUCUAUUUAAGGAUUAUACAGUGGUGGAUGUAUGUAUUUAACGUGAACAGUUAUUUGGCUGUGAGGCAAGAAACAGUGCUGACUUCAAAGGCACAUUCAUUUUGACCUUACUAUCUUUUCCAGUCAUUGAGAGAUUUUGCCUGCCACCUGAUGCAAAAGUUAUAUACAAGGAUGCAACAGGGACAGAAGUUGAUGCAGAAAUAUUCAGCGACCUCGUUGGACAAGGCAAUGUGGUGCUGACAGGUAUAAUAAAGCACUUUACACCUUACAUAAUGUAAUUAUUUGCAUUUUUUCUAUUCCUUUAUAAUUCUCUGAUUUCUCUAUAACUAUAAUCCUAGAUGAUGUCCCUAGCAAGAGACAAAGAAUUGAGGAUACACGUGAUGCUGUGUCUGCUGUGUCUGCUGAACAGGUUUCUUAAUGCUUUCACAUUUUUUCACUCUGAGUCUCUAGAAAAGCUAUUUAUCACCAUGUUUUGUAUUCUAAUGUUUUUGUUUUUUAUUAGUUGAUUGAAGCUGUGCUAAGAGGCAAGUCUGGGGGUGAAUAAGUACUACAGGAGUACCAAACAGAAACCCUAACAGAUGCUGCAUGAAGAAAAAUGGUUAACAUCCUGGUGGCUCACAUGAUUGACAAUCAUGGGUAUGUUUGUUUCACAUUGUUUUUAUUUGUGCCAAAUAACUGCAUGGCCAUUGCAUAAAUGUACUAAUUUAAUAUCUCCUCUCAGGCACCGCCCCACUAAAGCAAUCAGAGAAGAUUAUGCACGUGGGAUAGUGAUGUUUUUCCCUUCCCUCAAGGAUCCAUACUCCAAGAAGGGCUAUGUAAUAGGCAUUAUUAUUGUUAACUCUUUCAUGUCAUGUUGUGACACAAAACUGUGUGGACGACAUUGAUAUUUGAAUUCCGUGAGAUUUCUCAUGAGCCUGGUAUGACAACGCAUUUCUUUUCUUUUUUUCAUUUCAGGAACACUUAUAUGAUGCUGCAAGCAGCACAGGAUACAUUUCUUGGCGUCUGAAAACAGUCCAGAUGAAGAUU